CUUCUCCUUGUGUCCCCCACAUCCUCAAACAUCAUUCCAGUUCUCACGAACGAGUACAUGAAGGACAAUUUUCUAAUCAUGAUCGAGACCUGGCACAAACCUGACCUCGGCGAACUGGACAAUGUCCAUAAGCUUGGCCCAGAACAGUGGAAGAAGGUCGAGGUAGUUCACAUUGACAUUGCCAACAGAUCUCAGGUGGACACCAAAGACUACAAACCAGAUGAGGAUCCGGCCACAUUUAAAUCGGAGAAGACAGGAAGAGGGCCAUUAGGAGCUAACUGGAAGAAAGAACUUCCUCAGAAGACAGACUGCCCUCACAUGUGCGCUUAUAAACUAGUCACAGUCAAAUUCAAAUGGUUUGGAUUGCAGAACAAAGUAGAGAGUUUCAUCCACAAGCAAGAGAAGCGUCUAUUCACCAACUUCCACAGGGAGCUCUUCUGCUGGAUAGACAAAUGGAUCAACCUGACGAUGGACGACAUUCGUCGGAUGGAGGAGGAGACACAGAAGGAACUUGACGAUAUGCGAGAGAAGGAUCCAGUUAAAGGGAUGUCUGCUGCCGAUGAAUAGAUGCUGCAGCCGGGACAAGGACAUCCAAACGACAGGAAUUUGGUCAUGUCCUUGUUUGGGAAAGAGACUCCGCAGUAUGAUCGGCGACUCUCGCUCACUCUCCUCAAGCUCCACGCCAGUAUAUAUUCUCUUUUCUCCACACCUGCAAACAGCGGGAACUCAUCCAGAGAUGUUUCUUACACUAAAAAUGAUAAAUGUAUUCUGUUAAGUUUAUUGGUUUGUCUCCAAAUAUUCCUGUUUACUUUUAUCUUUUGUGUUGAUCAUGUUGACCAACAGCACUUAUGUGCCUAAACAGUCCUCACUACUUGUAUUACCAGCUUGUUUACAUGUUUUUCUAGCAGAUAUUAACAGAUUUGAACGUGACCAAGAUGCCUCGGUUACAUGCUAGUAACCAUGAGAUUAUUAUACAGCUUGGUCUGACCUGACCCAUUGUUAUCCAUAGACCCCAAUUCUCAGGUAAUUUUGUACAUUGAAAAGAAUCUUUAUAUUGUUAGGAUGUUUAUGAUAUUAAAACAAGUUUACACUUGUAAUAUUGUCAACCUGGUUUUGUUUGAAUUAGUUAACACACAAGGUAAAUAUGUUGGGUAAUCAUUAUCGGUUUGGCCAUCGUGAACUGUAUUCGUGCACUCAUUUAUUCGAGGCUUGUUGCACCUUCCCAUCGGAAUAAUAAAACAUUUUGUGGUUGCUGGAUUUGGAUCAAAUGUAAUACUUGAUGAAACAAAUGAUAUUAAAAAGAGGUUGUAUUAUGA